CGUCUAUUUUAUAUCCUCUCAUUUGAUUGCCCGAACAAUGUUGAGGCCUCAUAAAUGGAGUGUCGUUCUUCUUUUUUCCCUUAGCUAGGUAAGUUUCAUACAUUUUCAGCAGCUAAGAAAAAAAACCUUGCCUAUUUAUAGGUAGUUUUUUUAUUAUAAAAAACUCCAUUUAUAUCCCAACAAUUUUCUUUUCUGAUCUAUACUUUCUGGUAGUUGGGUUGGGUUUAGAUUGUGAUGGGGAAUUGCGCUGCUUUUUCAGCAAGAGUUGGCGCUGCUCUGAGCUCCCACAACCUCUCUGCCUCUCAGAAAAAAAGAGGACAGUCAAACGUGCCUCCUUCCUUAAGCCAACCUUCAUCAUCUAGUGGAAACAACAGCGUGGGUAGCCUUGCCGCACCAAGAUCAGAAGAAGAGAUAUUACAAUCCCCAAAUGUGAAAGCCUUCACGUUUCUCGAGCUGAAGAACGCGACAAGAAAUUUCAGAGCGGACGGGCUUCUAGGGGAAGGAGGAUUUGGGUGUGUGUACAAAGGAUGGAUAGAUGAACAUACUCUUUCCCCUACGAAACCUCGAUCUGGUAUUGUCAUUGCCGUUAAGAAGUUGAAACACGAAGGCUUUCAAGGCCAUAAAGAAUGGCUGACUGAAGUCAAUUAUCUCGGGCAACUUGAACAUCCAAACCUGGUUAAACUGAUCGGAUACUGCUCAGAUGGUGACAACCGGCUCUUAGUUUAUGAGUUCUUGUCUAAAGGCAGCUUGGAGAACCAUCUUUUCCGAAGGGGCUCACAGCCACUGAGUUGGUCCACGAGAAUUAAGGUAGCUAUUGGUGCAGCUAGAGGUCUUGCUUUUCUGCAUAAUGCUAAAGAGCCUGUUAUAUAUCGUGAUUUUAAGGCAGCUAAUAUUCUUCUCGAUACGGAAUUCAAUGCCAAGCUGUCCGAUUUCGGUUUAGCUAAGGCUGGCCCGACGGGUGACCGCACUCAUGUGAGUACUCGAGUAAUGGGUACCCAAGGCUAUGCAGCACCAGAAUAUAUUGCUACAGGUCGGUUAACAGCAAAAAGUGACGUUUAUAGUUUCGGAGUUGUGUUACUCGAAUUAUUAUGUGGUCGUCGUGCCGUUGAAAGUUCUAAACAAGGUUCAGCAGAGCAGUAUCUAGUGGAGUGGGUAAAGCCAUAUAUGGAGGACAAGAGGAAGUUGUUUAGGAUAAUGGACACUAAAUUGGGAGGGCAGUACCCUCAGAAAGGAGCAAUUAGUGUUGCUAGCCUUGCUCAGCGGUGUCUAUGCCCGGAACAUAAGCUUAGGCCAAGUAUGUCUGAAGUUUUAGAUGAGCUUGAACUAGUCCAAGCCCCGAAAAGCUCUCCUAAGUUCUCCGAACCCAACCAUCAAACCAAAACUUGCAAUGUGUAAGGUGGGGUGGAGUUCGUAGCACAUGAGAGCCUCUCCACAUUCAGUUUAGACAUAAGGAAACAAAAUGAUGUGUGAUUUGAUGAUUUGAUCUGCCAUUUUGAGAAAUA